ACCUGUGACAAGAAGCCGGAAGCUGUUAACCUGAUGAUGAGAAGAGGGGAAUAGGAUGCACUGAAACAUUCAGUAAAUGUUUUAAAACCAUGGCCGAACUGACACCGGCUGAAAAGUUGUUUCAGAUAUGGAUGAGAUUUUCUUCCAAGAAUGAUGUUGCUAUAUUAAAGGAAUUCAUAGAUGAAUUUGUGGACACAUACCAGAACUUAAUUGACUUGGAGUUUUUGCAUUUGAAUGAAGGAUAUUCGGAGGAGGGUCCCCAUUUUACCAAGCUUCCUGAUGGCCUGCUACAGAUGUUGUCUCAUCAUCUCAACCAAUGCUUGGAGAAAUUCCAGGAGGACUCGAGUCUCGAGCAUAUUCAUUUCGCUGAGUCCAUCGUAAAAUGUUUGAUAAUUAUAUCAAGGAAUUAUGAUAACGUGCCACUGCUGGGAUCCUGUCAGUUUGUGAAAUACCUGGUUACCAUAGGAACGGUGUUGAUAGAAAAACUUACCCAGAAUGAUCUUCAAGAAGUCCAGGUAAAGGAGUUCCUCAAGCUGUUGGUCCAUUUCUUUGAAUGUUUAUAUGACCCCUACUUUGUUUGGAGGAAGAGACUCAAAAGUUGGGUGGUUGACAAGAGUCGAAUGACAUACAAGCCAGCAGAAUUACAUGUGGAGGUGGUUCCAUUCUUUUAUGACUGCUGUAACAAGCCCUGUCUGUCUGUGUCACUAAAGAUUAGGUUCCUCCAUCUGUUUGGGGCUCUGAUGUGUGGAACACAGAGCAAUGCAUUGAGGGUGAUUACGCCAGCCACAUUAGAUAUUCUGCUACAGAUGAUGUCAUCAAACGAGUUGUCUGGACCAGCCAAUGAACAGCGCCAGGAUCUCUUAGAAAUGAAGGACCUCGCUCUCAAGUGUAUUGUGUGUAUGGUUCAUGUGAUCCAUGGUUCAAGUCCAGACCAGCACAAUAAAUCUAAGGUGAGGCAGGUGGAAGUAUCUCAGGUGAUGGAAGGUUACAUGGACGUACUGACGGCAGCCGACAUCCAAUCAGAGGACGGCUUUAAUCAGCAGAUGCAGCUCAGUAUGAUACACGCUGUCAAUGAGAUGCUGGCGUGUCAGGACCGCAGUGCUCUCCAGGUUACAUUGGUCAGUGGGGGAACGUUUGAUUCCUUGGUGGCUCUCCUACAGAAAACUUCUUUGACAGGAUCAGAGGCCCAGUGUCUGGCCCUCUCCGUGUUACAGGUCAUCUGCUCUGUACUCACAGGCUCCAUUAAUGCCAAGGAGAGAUUUGCACUAAGAGUUGGGUACUGGAAGUUUGUAGAAGCUCUAAAAAGCUUGGGUCAGCCAUCUAUGUCUCUGUUGAAAGGAGUGCUCAACCUGGUUGUGGAGGAGGAGUUUUGUGAAGGCAAAAGUCACAUGAUCAGAAAUGUUCAAUCAGCACUGAUGUUACUUUGCUGGUUGCCUGAUAUUCAGUCAAAGGAACUACAAAUUUGGUUGGCAGAUCACCUUUGUGCCCUGAGCUCUCAGAAACAGAACAAGAUGAACUGCUGUAAUGAGGGAAUGAUUUCUGCCAUCAUCAAAGUUCUGGGCAGACAGAAACAGAUUGACCCCAAAGCUGUGGCAUUAUUGAUAAAUCUAUUGGAAACCUUAGGAACUCAUUCAAUUACUGCUAUAGAGUUAAAGCAACUGAUUGGGCAUUUAAAGUUGGAUGAGGAAGAAAACCAGAAUCCUAAUUUUUCAAGAUUGAUGAGGGCAUUAUGUACAAUGGCAAGACAUGAUGGGAAGGAAGGAGCUCAUUACUUCCUGACCUUGAUGGAGGAAAGUGAGAUGAUAUCUAUGCCUGGGAUUAGGAAGUGGCCUGGGAAUUCUUUUGCUUUCCACACCUGGGUCUGUCUGAAUUCCCAUUCCUCCCCUGCGGGAUCUACAGAACAGGUUUACAGGAGACAGCUAUACAGUUUUGUUUCAAACUCUGGCUGUGGCUUUGAGGCUUUCAUUACUAUGGAGUAUGACCUUGUGGUGUCGGUGUACAACAGAAAGGAACACAGUUCUGUGGAGGUCACAGACACAUCACUGGGGGACGAACACUGGCACUCUAUUGACAUCAUUCACAGCAGCUCCCGAAGACCCUUCACAAGUAGUCAGUUGUUUAUUUACAUUGAUGGAAAACUCAAACUCGGCUCACAGCUCAAGUUUCCCAAUGUCUCAGAGCCAUUUACAGACUGUAGAAUAGGUAGUCCAUGUAACAAGGCUGUAGUGAAGGCCCUGAUUGAUCAGAACCAAUCUGCUAACACCGAGAGCAUCAAACAAUCUCCACUGAGACGACUCUUCCAGAGGAAGAAAAACUCAGAUGAUCCAGAGAUCACCACUAUCCCCAUGGGGACACAUGAGGAUGUGUGGGGUGUCUCAGUCAAUCUAGGGGGACUGUUGGGCUCAGUUUCAGUGUUCCAUGACACAGUGACCCCCUCUCAGGUCAAAGCACUACACCUGGCUGGACCAAAUCAUCCAGUUCUAUUUUUUGAUGAUGAUUUCCCAGAUUUUACAGAUCUUCCUGGUAAAACAGUGGUUUACUACAAUGCUAAGGCUUGUAAAGAUGGACAAUGUAUAGAUUUGUCCCCUAACCAAAACCAUGGACACUUUUCAGGCCAGAGAUGUGUUACGUGGGAUAUCAAGGAUGUGAUAAACGGAAUAGGGGGGAUACAGGUUCUAUUUCCCCUACUAGAACAAGUCAACAAUGGCCCAGUCCCUGACCUUGACCUCGUCCAGCAGAUGGACACGGUCCAGUCGAUGUCUCCGGAUCAGGAGCAGGAUGAUUGGGUGGUCGUCCCCAGCAGUUCUUACUCGGAUUCCAAGCUGGAGCAGAAUCAGGUGGCGGGAUUUCUUACACUACUGCGUCACAUGAUCCACUCACAAGGAACCAAUCAGGAGGCAAUGAUCAGGACGGGAGGUGCUGCGACAAUCGGGGCUCUAUUGCAGAAAGUGAAUUCCCGAUUGAUAGAUGUGAAUGUGCUAAUGGCGGUUCAGUUGCUAUUGGAGACAACAGCCAGUGUGAACCAGACUCUUCUGAGCCAGAUGUACCAGUACUUACUUUUUGACUUCAGGAUUUGGAGCAGCAGUGAAUUUCCUGUCAGAAUAGGUCACAUACAGUACCUGUCCACCAUCAUUAAAGAUGAUAAAAAGUUCUUUAGGAAGCGGUUUGGAGUUCAGUUUGUUCUGGACAUUGUCAGAAUGUUCUACAGUCCAGCAUCUACUCCAGACAGUGGCUUGUCGUCAGAAGAUAGGAAGACCAUUCGAGUCUCACUAAUGAGUCUUAUCAAGUACUACAUAUCUCGAGAAGUUUCUUAUGAAGAGCUAAACUCUAUUCUGAAAUUUCUGUUUGCUGUCAAGGAUGAAGAUAUGGCCUGUGAGACAAUGGAUGUUCUGAUUUCCCUGUUGGAGAGUAAGGCAAAGAAUGACCAGCUACACCUACUGAUGUUUGAACCAGAGAUGGGGGAACUCAUGUACGGACUACUAGUGCAUCCUGGGAAAUCUGUCAUAUAUUACGAAAAAAUUAUCAAGAUACUGUACCUGCUGUUGAACUCAGACAAAGUGUAUGAGAAGAGUAAGCUCCCUUUGAGAUUAUCAGACACGGGACAUUUAGGGCUAGUGGAACUGAUGAGAAACUGUGACAUCUCGGGACCGAUGUUUAAACGCUUCCUGGAACAAGUCUCUGCAUUGGAUGUUCCCCAGAGUUAUAACUCUAUUCUGGCCCUCUUACAACUAAUCCACUACUCGGCAUCAGACAUUAAGUUAGAGGCAAGUAGACAGUUGCUCUUUAUUUUGGUGAACAGGCCAGGAGCUGCAAAGCAGUUUGUCAAACAGCUUGGAUGGCAGGAAGCCUUAACUAAACUUUUCAUCUUCAGAAAAACAGAGGAAAUUCAGCAGUCAGACUCUUUUAUAUCUGAAGAUAAAAAUGUUGAAUUUACUCUCAAUGAAGAGUCAACUACAGACUGUGAUUCUGAAACUCAACUCAAUGAUUCGUGCAAUACAACUAUCAGUGUUCCAAAAAGUCUUUCAAUUUCCAGCUGUGAUAAUGGUCAGAAAGUGUCUUCCCCUAAAGAGCCAACAACACCUUUCUAUCUUUCAAGAACGUUUGAUGAUAUUAAUAGCUCAGAAGAUGAUAGGUCAAGGUCAGUCAGCAGAAGCUCCAGUGCCAGUGUUGAGGAUCUGACAGCAGUGGGUCAAAGGUCAUCCUCAAUUGCAGCCUCAUCAUCUUCUUUUUCUAUCAGUGACAGUGCAAUAGAUUUAAACAAUUCUGCGACCUCAUCUAGAGAGAAGCGGGUCAGUUCAGGCUUCACGCAGGCCGAUACGAUUCAAAAAGCUCUAGAUAACCUUGGGAUCCUCAAAAUCUAUGUCAAGGACAGUGGAGAGAGAACCGAGGAGCUAUGUCAGAACAUGCUUCUUGUUCUCCUCACAAUAAUGUGGAAAGGAGUAGAAGGCUCCGAUGAUGCGGCUUGGAAGGAGAGAGGCAUUGUCUUUUCGUGGGUAGAUCAUUUAUGUGAGGAUCACGAAUUGAUCAGGUCACCAUGGGAAAUCAAGAGACGCCUCUUAGAAAUGAUGAUCCACUCCUGUACUUCAGAUUUAAAAGACGCAGCUCAAGAUACAGCGACACCUACAGAGAACGCAAUACAACUGGUUAAACUGGUUCACUGUUUUAUGUCCCAGGAUGCCAAGCAAGACAAGGAAAAAUUCAGUGAGAGGCUUAUAGAGGACAUGAUGGCUUUACUGGACAAUCUCGCUGUGUGGGAUGUGGAAUCUGAUGGGGGAUGGAAAGAGAUGGCUCGACUCGGGCUCUGUCUACUCAUACAGUACGCUAGUCAACCGGACCUAGAGUUGUGUGCUGUAGCUACAGCUAAACUCCACACCCUGGUCCAGACCAAACUGAUCUCCAGUUCCGCUGAAGCUUCAUUUCUGAUUGGAAACUUAAAUCUUAUGGUGCUCAAGGCUGUUAGGGACAAUUCUGACACAUACUCGUUUCUGAUCCCUGUGAUGAAGGCCCUUCUGGACAAGGCCAGCGGACUCCUUAACCUUGACCUACUUCUACCUGACCUUCCUCCAACCAAUAACAGCCCCUCCUUUUUUGAUGACUUUAAGAGCUUCUGUGUAUCAGACCAGUGGAAGCAGUUUAUAGAGAGUUAUGUAAAACCUCAGAUGCUCCACUUUGAUGAGAGUACAUUUGGAGAAUUGGAAUCGAACAUCCGGGACUUCUGGGGACAGUGUAAGGAAGCCAUGAUGGUCAAUAUGCACAUGAAAAACCGAGAGAAGGGUGAAUCCAAGCUCAAGUUUCAGAACAAAAUUCUGGAUCCAUUCCAUAGCAAAGAAUCUUCAGAGCAGAAGAGGUUCCACAAUGUGGAGGUCCAGCAUAAGAGUCAGCAUCAGUCCACACUGAAGCAGUGGAGAGCCACUAAACGGUUCUUCACAGGGGAAAGAGGGGCAUGGUCUGAACAUGGCACAGGAGUGAUGCACUGGAAGUUAUCAAAUCAAGAGAACUUUAAGAGGAUGAAGGUGAAGAUGAUUCCUAAUUAUAACUUUGACCCCCAUACUGAAGCCAGCUACCAGAGAGACAAUCUAGGGGCAAGUGAAGCAGACAUUGCAGAAGAGAUCAAGAAAAUCAAGCUGGCGAGGGAGGCACUGGUCUCAAAGGAUCAAAUUGAUGAAGACAUCAUUGGAGAGGAGGAUUGGAGUGUCAUCAGCACAGAUCUCAGAAACAAUGAACCUCAAGGGAAAGAAAAACUGGUUCUCUCAGAGGAUUGUGAACUGGUAACUUUAGUGGAUGUGGUUAAAGGUCGGCUAGAGGUCACAACCUCCAAUAUUUACUUUUUUGACUGCAGUUCAAACAGAGAGGAGGGUGGUGAAGACUUUAAGUGGUCACUGUCUCUUCUAAGAGAAAUCCAUUUUCGUCGUUAUAAUCUUAGGAGGAGUGCUAUUGAACUAUUCAUGGUCGAUCAAACAAACUUCUUCCUUAACUUUGAACCAAGGAAGAGAAAUAAAGUGUACAGUAAAAUUUUAAGUCUGAAACCUCCAAACCUAAUUUAUACAGUGUCAAGAUCACCAGCAGAGAUGCUUAAGGCUUCUGGACUUACCAAGAAAUGGGUUCAAAGGGAGAUAAGCAACUUUGAGUACCUGAUAGAAUUAAAUGCAAUAGCAGGAAGAACAUACAACGAUCUUAGCCAGUACCCAGUGUUUCCAUGGAUACUGUCAGAUUACACUUCAGACACUUUAGAUCUGGAGGAUCCCAAAGUGUAUAGAAAUCUCAGUAAACCAAUCGGAGCUAAUAACCCGAAAAACGAGAAAGAGGUCAAAGAAAAGUAUGAGAGUUUUGAGGAUCCCUCAGGUGUGAUAGAGAAAUUCCACUACGGGACCCAUUACUCUAAUGCCCCAGGGGUCAUGCAUUACAUGAUCAGAAUGGAGCCCUUUACCACUCUCCAUAUACAGCUACAGAGUAACAGGUUUGAUGUAGCAGACAGACAGUUCCAUUCCAUCCCUGCUACCUGGCAGUCACUAAUGGACAACCCUAAUGACGUCAAGGAGCUAAUCCCAGAAUUCUUCUAUCUUCCAGAGUUUCUAGUCAAUACCAAUAAUUUUGACCUUGGUAAGCUUCAAGGUUGUAAGGAGCGGGUGAAUCAUGUGAUCCUUCCUAAGUGGGCCAAGUCUCCGGAGGAUUUUAUAUACAAACACAGGAAGGCCCUAGAGUCGGACUACGUUUCAGCAAAUCUCCACAACUGGAUAGAUCUGAUAUUUGGAUACAAACAGAAAGGCCCCGCGGCUGUGGAGGCUCUCAAUGUGUUCUACUACUGUACAUAUGAAGGUGCUGUUGACCUUGAUGCUGUGAAAGAUGAUAAAGAGAGGAAGGCCAUUGAGGGAAUGAUAAACAACUUUGGACAGACUCCUUGUCAGCUCCUUAAGGAGGCCCAUCCCAGAAGAAUGACGAUGGAAGAAGUGGCCACUCGGGCCAUCAAAGCUGACCGCCCCUUGGGGGUCUUUGAUUUCCUCCAUCAGCUCAAGGUCUUCUUUGUGGAGGUUUCCCAGGAAACUGACCCCCUGGUAUAUAUUUCCGUCCCUAGGAGUCAGGCUAGAUCUAUUAUACAGCAUGGAAUGUCUGAUACUAUGGUGACAAUCUCUGAGAGCGGUAUUAUUGGUCUCCAUGGAUGGCUGCCGUAUGAUAAAUCCAUCUCUAAUUACUUCACAUUUGAAAAGGACCCAGCUCUCAGCAACCCAAAAAGUAAAAGAAGAAUGCCUUGUCCCUUCUCACCAAGUAUUAAGGUGGACUCCAAACUGUUUAUGGUAUCCCAUGAUGCCAAGCUGCUCUUCAGUGUGGGCCACUGGGACAAUAGUCUACAGGUGUAUCACCUGGGAAAGGGCAAGAAAGUCAACCACAUCAUACAACACAUUGACGUGGUGACCUGUCUGGCUUUGGACCACUGUGGACGACAGCUGAUAACAGGCUCCGCGGACACUUCCUGUAUUGUGUGGGAGGUCGUCAUGCAGGGAGGAUACAGUAGUUGUGUGAACACAAAGAGACUUCAGACUUUGUACGGACACGAUGCUGAAGUGACCGCUGUCCAGAUCUCCGUGGAGCUUGAUACAGCUGUGUCAGCCUCAAAGGAUGGCACCGUGAUUAUACAUACAGUUCGUAGAGGACACUAUAUGAGAACCCUCCGUCCGCCGUGCACCAUGGGAUACACGUUAAAUAUCCCCCACAUGGUAAUGGAUGAUAUGGGACGUAUUGUGUUAUACUGCCAUGAAACAUUGCCUAUUGAACCAAAGGAGAGGUUCUCCCUCCAUCUUUUCUCCAUUAAUGGACAACAUCUAUGUACAGAAAGACUGAGCCAUGGCCUGGGUCAUGUGAUCAAUGUGGAAGAUCACCUGAUCACAGGUGACAAUCAGGGUCAACUCUGCAUCUGGGAAACAUUUGGACUCAGACAACUGACAGUUUUGCCGCUUCAUGUUCCCGUGCAUUCAUUGGCCAUCACCAAUAGCAACAGUCACAUUUUUGCUGGUCUGAGAGAUGGAAAAUUAAUCAUCAUUGGAGUGAAAAAUCGGUCAGAAAUCAGAUAAUGGUACGAGACUGAAAACUAAGGAUUAAGAGCAGCAUAGAGAUUGUCAGAGACAGAAAGAAAUAAAAUUGUGAUUAUACAUUAUAAUAUGUAACCUAAAUGGAUUAACUUAUUGUCUGUGUCAUAAUGAUCAACAGUCACUGACUGGUGAAUGUUUUAGGUACAUUAUUGUUAACAGAAGUUAUAAUCUAUGGUUGCUAUUUCUUAUCAAGCGUAAGAUGGGAGACAUGGUCACCUAAUUUGACAAUUUUUACUUAAUAAGUAAAGUUUUGUUUCUUACUAUCAGAAAAUUGUUUUUGUUUAUUAUCAGAUAUGCCUCAAGAAUUGUUAUAUUACUCAUGUGAAUGUGAUAUUUGUUUACAGAUUUCAAAAUUUAUAAUUUAUUUGUUUUGGAUGAUUGUUUUUAUGGCUGAAAAAGAUGUCAUUAUCGCACCUAUAAGGAUCGAGUGUUAAUAUGUGACUCACAUAUCCACAAUGAUUGCAAUCAUGAUGUUGUACUUUAUCUGUUCACAUAUCUUACCCAAAUGCCUUGUUUUCUCAGAGAUGGGGAAAAUUGCACUCACUAUAAGCUGUUGUGUUUCAAAGGUCAAAUAAUGAAUGGUGCUAUAUGAAAUUUGAAGCCAAAAUUGAGAACCAAAUCUUUUUGGAGUACAUUGUAGACUCUAUUGACAAUGUUUCAUGAAGACUGUUUGGAAAAUUUGUAAUAUCUAUAUAGUUUUCCUAGAUAUCAACAGGACCUUUAAACAAGUUCGGUGUGCAUUAUUUUGAGAACUUUUUAAAGUUUUGCAUUUUAAAGAAAUAUACAUGUAACUUUAAUAUUUCUUUGUAAUUCCUUGCAGCAUCCAUUUUUUAAACAAUGCAGAUAUAUGUACAUGGAAAGGUAUUUAAGAUUAUUUUUUAUUUGCUGAUGGGAAUUGAAAUAAAGUCUUUAGAUAUUA